AUGGUGCUGAUGGGGCUCCGUUUCCUGUCUUUGCUCCUGUGGAUUGGCAUUGGGAUGAAGUUCCAGGUCAGGGGAGACCAGACGAAGCCGGCCCGGGUGCCUCUGAUCCCUCAUCGUCCUUUUGUUGUAGUUUGGAAUGCUCCGACUGAGUCCUGCCGCUUUAGGUUUAAAGUGGACCUGGACCUUAGUAUUUUUGAUAUCGUAGCAAAUCUCAACGAAACCCUAAGUGGACCAAAUGUCACCAUAUUCUACCACCGUCAUCUGGGAUACUACCCGUUCUAUUCCAAUUCUGGAGUACCGAUCAACGGGGGUCUCCCUCAAAAUCAGAGCAUCUCCAAACACCUGAACAAGGCACGGGCAGAUAUUGAUAAGCUGAUCCCUCAUAAAGACUUUCGCGGUCUGGGAGUCAUUGACUGGGAGAACUGGAGACCCCAGUGGGUGAGGAACUGGGGUUCCAAAGAUAUCUAUCGCAACAAGUCUAAGGAACAGAUCCGUAAACUUCACCCAAACUGGCCGGAGAGUAAAGUGGAAAAGGAGGCAAAGGAGAGUUUUGAGAGAGCCGGGCUCUCGUUCAUGAAUCUGACCUUGGCGCUGGCUGAAGCUCGCAGACCAAAUGGACUGUGGGGGUUUUACUUGUUCCCAGACUGCUAUAACUACGGCUACAAGCAGCACCCACAACGCUACACCGGCGAAUGCCCCAACGUGGAACAUGUUCGAAACGACCAUCUGAUGUGGCUUUGGAAAGAGAGCACUGCCCUGUAUCCUUCCAUCUACCUGGACUAUGAGCUGAAGUCCUCACCCAACACUGUCAAGUUCGUCCAUUACAGAGUGAAGGAAGCCAUGAGGAUCGCAUCCAUUGCCCGAACCGACUGCACACUACCCGUCUUCGUCUAUUCCAGGCCGUUCUAUGCCUACACCUUUACAGUGCUCUCAGAGAGCGACCUGGUUCACACCAUUGGGGAGAGCGCCGCUUUGGGAGCGUCAGGUGUCGUUCUGUGGGGGUCAUCAGAAUAUUCUCGAUCACAGAGGAACUGCCUGACGGUGAAGAAGUACAUCGACGGCCCCCUGGGCCAUUACGUUAUCAACGUCACCUUGGCAGCCAAGCUGUGCAGCAAAGCCCUGUGCAAGAAGAAUGGCCGGUGCGUCCGCAAGAGUCUGGACUCGGGCGCGUACCUUCACCUCAACCCACGUUUCUUCCACAUCCACCACAACGCGGCGCCCAGGGGCCCUCGCUUCCACGCCAGCGGGCACCUCAACAACCACGACAUCCUGGACAUGAAGCACAAGUUCAGCUGCCAGUGCUACCAGGGCUGGACGGGGAUCUACUGCGAGGUUCCCCAACAGGCGCUGCUUCGUCCUGCCACUCCUGCUCCCCCUCCGCCCCCUCCACCCCCUCCGCCCGGCGUGCCGCUGCCUCCCCCGCGGGGUGGCGGCCUGCUGUGGGACGUCCUGCUCACACUGUCGCUGCACUUCUCCUGUCUGUGUGUUAUCAUGUUCCUGGGAUUGUGUCUCAUCGUCAAGUGUCUCAUACUGUAGUCCCUCUGGUGUCCAAC